UUUAUAUUUAGCGGCAUGACAUCUAGGUAUGUGAUUUCUUGACAACAAUGUUUAUUUCAAAAUACCAGCGAGAUUAAUCCGGUUCUGCAUGCGGGCGUCACAAUAAAUAGCACUACAGCUGGGAAACACUAAUGCCAAGGAAGGGGGAAAAAAAAGGUGUGUCUGAAGUCAAGGCGCGUCACCUGCAUGAAAAAAAGCUUCUGUUACAGUACAGCUGUAAGUCAGUCCUCAUGUUCUGCAGACAUGAGUUCAUCUCCCAGCUACUCGCAAGCUAGUACAGGAUCACCCAAACAAAAUGGCAAUGGACCCGCGUCCUCAGACCCUGAAGCUCCGAAACUGUGCUUGGGAUCUUCCUGGCUCUGCCGCAAGCAUGAGGUGCCAGGCUGGAUGUUCAUACUCUGCCUGGGUGUCGUUGUUGUAAUUUUUUUGAUAUCUGCCAUCUGUAUCUCAAAGCUACCGCAUCCUGCAGAGUGUCCUACAGACUGGAUCCAGCUAAGCAGCCGCUGUUACUAUUUAUCAGACAACAGGAGGGCCUGGAACGCCAGUGAGGAAUUCUGCAACAGUCAUGGGGCCUCCCUACUGGUGAUAAUGGACAACACAAAGAAAGACUUGGACAAACUAAAUACGCAUGGUGAUUUUUGGAUCGGGCUCAGGAGGGACCAAAACAAAUGGAAAUGGGUCGAUGGCACAGAUUAUGAUGGGAAGGUGGAAGGGUACCAAAAUGGCAGACAGCUACACUGCGCCCAUCGGAAUGAAGGGAUAGGGGCCUUGGACUGCUCUACACAACGACUAUUUAUAUGCAGCAAGACAGCCAGGGGGCCUUUAUCGUGAUCUGCCUGUCCUUGAACAUCCUGUAAAAUGAGACAGGCUUGUGUAGUAAACUUACACAGUACUUUCCAAAUAGGAGCAGCAGGUGCGGAGACCCGAAAACUCCAUCUCACGAUGCAAUCUCCCUAAUGGCUGACAAAAUCUGUAUGCAAGAACAAUUUUUGGAGCUUGGUCACUCUAGAAAGAUAGACUGAUAGGUAGGUUACCGUAGGUAGAUUGGAGUAUCUUUUGUAAUAACCUACAUUUCCUUAUUGUUUACAAUAUGCAACAAGAUGUUUGCUGCCCAGCACCUCUUGGAGAUUACAAACCAGAGGCACGGUUAGGGCAUCAUGAAGAACGAUUUCAGCUUUUCACUUGUCCACGGAUUGAGCAGUGUCGAGGUCUACAUAACAGUAGGAAUGGGACCUAAGCUCUGAACCAUCCCACACCAAAUGUUCCAGUGGACCCAUGUGCAAAUAUUCAGGAUUCACAAAUGGCAGUCUUUAUCAAGAUGUAAUAAACUGAACCUAGACCAUUUCUCAAGCUGGGCUACGCAGUUAGCUAGUGCCCACAACCAGUGCCAAAUUUAGUCCUAGGGGGGCCUAGGGCACUUCAAAUUCGAUGCCCCCAACAUAGAUAUUAAAUUAUAUGACAAAAAAAGUUGAAAUUAAUAAUAAACCGCAUUUGUUCUAAAAAAUAUAUACAUUCGGUUUCGAAGAAGACACUUGUCUGAUUUUUUUUCCCUCAAUUUUAUUGGCUAUAAGAAUACACAUUACACAGGAAAUUGGACAUCCUACAUCAUAGUUGGAAGUCCUACACCACUGUUAUGCAUCACACUACAAUAUUUACAAAAAGUAUUUUUUCCUGCACUAAGCAUCUGCAAAGUCUUUAACUAACUCAUUUAAACUGUAUCAUCCUGAGAACACUGCUCUGGACAGCCAAAAGGGACAGAGAACUUAGUCGUUCAUCAUGUGUCAUUGUGGUUCUCAUAUAAUUCUUUAUCAGUGCCAAUUUGCUGAGCAACCUUUCUCCUGAACAACUAGUAACCAUCAUCCUCAAAUAUAAUAUAAAAGCUACAUUAACACCUGGGAAGAUAUCAGCAAGCCCUUCAUCAUGUAAUAAAACUGCCUGUUGAGAUUGUAAAGAAAGGGGACUUUAAAUGAAGUGGGUACCCUUUUCCGCCAGUAAAGAUAACAGUAGUUAUUACAGUAGAUAGUUUUUUUUCAAGUAAAAUUGUUUACAUGCAUAGAUAACACCAACAGUUGCCAAAUAAAGAUACAUAAACAAGGAA